AUGGCGGAAGAAGACGACAGCCCAGAAGCCUGCUUACCAAUGAUGGAAAAUUUGGCGAGCGACAAUGCUAAGGUAGAAGAUUUCCUCAGAGGACCAAAUGCUUUUGGUGUUUUCAUGUUAAGAAAUGGCACUAUUAUCAGAUACCUUAAGAAGCAUGUCAAGCAACUCUUUAAAUUAGCUAUGGCCGAAUCUGGUGAUGAAGCUAACAUGAAUGCUUACAGAAUUCUCGCCGCUGAAAAUAAUCCAUUAUUGCAAGAUAUUGUCAACGAGAAGCUUCUUGUUAAGAACUACAGUAGUGUUUUCGAGACGAAGGAACCAAAGGUUGCGCUUAUCGGUCGUUAUACAGUUAUCUUUACUUCAGUUUGUUCUGCCGAAGUAAAUAUGAGUGAAGAUCAAUGCCAGCUCUAUCGUAAGCUCAUCGAACGUGUUGAAUGCCUUCCUAUCUACAAUCUCUAUGAAAAUCUUUUCACAAACGAAAACGGCUACGGAAAUACUAGACUUUACAUGCUGAAGAUGCACUUAGAAAAGAUACUUCCUGAGCUGAUACAAGAUGUUGAUACGACCAAGAUUAACUUCAACGAUCCAAAUGACCCACUUACUAACAAACUUUGUGCAUGGUACGAUUUCAUCAAAUGGGGAUGCGCCCACGAGUGGUUUUCAAGGCACUUCAAUAACAAAGACUCUAUUUACGAGGUCCUUAGCGAUGAAAGAAAGGUCCCAGUCAGAGUUACGAAUUCGAGAUGGGGAGCCAUCGAAAAUUACAUUGAUAAAUCAAAUCCUGAGGUCUGCGUACUCUUCUUAUUCAAGGCCCGUGCUCGGAUUAUCGAGGAUCAUGAUAAUGUCCAGCCAUAUAUGAUUUCUUGCGUUAAUGUCAUCAGGAAGCUCUCAGUUAAGUUCCCUGAUUGCUUAGAUGAGGAGUUCUUUAAGGCUCUUCAAAAAAUAAUGCUGAAAUUCCAAAAUAAUACGUUCUUUUUGAUAUCUGUUGUUGAUCUUAUUGAAGUCGCCCACAAGAUGCAAGGCAUCGAUGUUAGAAUUGCAGAGACAUUGAUGCCUGGCCUCGCCGAAGUCGCAUGGGACUCUAAACUCGCUAUUCGCUCAUGUGUAUUCAAGAUUCUCGAACUCCUUGUUGGCCACGCUAUGAGAUCAAAGCAGUUAGCUAUUAGAUUGCCAAAGUGCAUCGAUUUCGAUAGAUUUAAGAACGAAUACGUUAUUUUCAACAAAGUUAUGACAAACUUCUACGGUGGACUUAGUCCUGCUGAUGCUCAGUACGUCAGAGAUCACUACGCAAUUUAA